CAUUUACCUCCAAGCAAAAUGGUGGCUAUUCGCUUGCCUCGUAUUCUUCAAGCUAAGCAAAAUCUUCUUCGAGGAUCAUCUCCAGCUAGGGAUGUUCGAAAAGGCUAUAUUGCAGUAUAUGUUGGAGAAGAAGAGAAGAAAAGAUUUGUGAUUCCAGUAUCACACUUGAACCAGCCUUCAUUUCAAGAGCUGCUAAGUAAAGCUGAAGAGGAAUUUGGAUUUGAUCAUCAAAUGGGUGGUCUCACAAUUCCUUGUCGGGAAGACAUCUUCAUCGAUCUCACUUCUCGCUUAAAUGCGUCAUAAAAGGGACAGAUUAACAUAUAUUAGAGAAAACAAUUUUGUAGCAUACUUUACAUAUCAUGUACAGAUUGUAAGCAGUGUCUCAAGAGAUUAUUUAUUAUGAAAUCCUUUAACUUUCACAAA